CGCUUAAUCUCAACCGUCAGAUUCGCAGUUGACAACUUCGUGUGCUGAGAGAGAUUCAAUUAAGGCCACGUCGCUACGUAUAUAAUAAAAUAGCAACCAGAACAGAAAACAGCCGAAGAUUCGAAUAUAUAUGUACAGGAAUUUGUUCCUUUUUUCCGGCGAUCUUUUCCUGUCUCCGAUCUCAAUGCAUUGCCAUUCGGCAGGCGAUAUGGCGGCAUCUGCGAGGAUUUGUUGCGGUGGCGUAGGCGGAGGAGGAAUCGUCCGCGAUCGGCGGACUGUGAUCGUUCGAUCUCCGCCUAUUGUUCCGAUCUACGGUCGCCGGAGUCGUCGGUUGAUCGAGAUGAGAAAGAUCCGGAUGUCAAAGGCGGAUAUGGUGCCGUCUGCGGUGGUGAAUUUGGAAGGGAAAAGGAUCGGCGGAGGAGGAAGAAACGGGGGAGCCGUCGUGUCGAGGGAGAAGCUCGACGAGUGGAUGAGAGAUUCGGUGGUUGAGAUCGUGAAGAAUCUAAGGGAAACUCCACUGUUGCUCAAAGUUUACGCCGGAGGGAACGGAUCUCUGACCUCCACGGAGGCGACGACUGCGGCGGAGAAGGCGGAUGAUUGGCCGGCGGUGAAGGGAAGAUGGGAGAGGGGGGAAGAACGAACGCCGGAGGGCGUUAUAUUCGUUGAGAAGCUCGGAAACGGUGACGUCACGGAUCGGCAUUCAACGGAGGGGAGCGGCACUGGGGAUGACGUCAGAGACGGAGGCGCGCGCGAAGAAGGAACGAGCGCGUGGGGGAUAGUAGCGCAAGGGAGGGGAAUGGAAUGUGGACCGGUUUGCUACCUAUUGAAGACGACCCGAGUAGGGUCCGGUUUAGGGCCGGUUUGCACGCACUUCUGUUUGGUUAAGGUGAAAAGCUUUAGGGAAACGGCCACGUGGCAGCUGAGGAAUAGCUGGUUGGUGCAAACAGGUCAAUGAAAAGAGAACGUACAGAGAGGUUAUUAAUUCCAUAAACAAAUUCUGUACAUUGGAACCGAAAUAUUCAUACCACAUUCAAUAUGUUCUCCAUUCUCAUCAUUAUCGGAUUUGAAUGUCCAAAACCUUUUAAAAUUCGAAAGAGAUCAAGAGAACCUUUGAUGACAGAAUGAUCUAUGUCAAGAUUCUCCACUAUAAUAAACAUUUUUAUUAUUA